UGUGACAUAAAAAAGAGGAAGUACUCAAAGACUUUUGUUUUGAAAAUCAAACAAACGGGCAGACACCACACGCUGAUCAGCUGACCUGAAUGUUGAUAAAGCAGUUGUCCACCAGUGGAGGAAGUGCUUCUCCUGAUCACCUUGGUGGUCACUGCUCGGGUACCGAAACGCAAGCUCGCCUGACCGGGGAUCCAUGCCAGAGGUGAACACGAGAAGAAGCUGAAGACCGGGGAAGGAUCGCUGCCGUCGGCAUGGACAUCCAGGAUGAGAGACGGCCUCUGCUGGAGGCUGAGAGCGGACAUCCGAGCCCUACUGGACUCAUAGCGGAGCAGGAUGCUUACCUCAGCAAAGUGAAGAACGGGAAGUUGUACCUGGCCACGUUCGCCGCCGUUCUGGGCCCCUUGAGCUUCGGAUUCGUGCUGGGAUACAGCUCCCCCGCCAUCCCCGAGCUCAUGAACGAUGCCAACGCUCGUCUGAGGCUGAAUGAAGACCAGGCGUCGUGGUUCGGGUCCAUAGUGACGGUGGGAGCAGCCGUGGGCGGCCUCCUGGGAGGCUGGAUGGUGGAGAAGAUCGGGAGGAAAGUGAGUCUGAUGCUCUGCGCCCUGCCCUUCGUCUUCGGCUUCACCAUCAUCAUCGCCGCUCAGAACGUGUUCAUGCUCUACGUUGGCAGGGUCCUCACCGGCCUCGCCAGCGGCGUCACGUCGCUGGUAGUCCCGCUCUACAUCUCUGAGACGGCACACGAAAGGGUCCGCGGCCUGCUGGGCUCCUGCGUUCAGCUCAUGGUGGUGCUCGGCAUCAUGGGAGUUUACCUGGCAGGUAUGUUCAUGGACUGGCGCUGGCUGGCGAUCUGCUGCUCCGUUCCCCCGACGCUGCUGAUGGUGUCCAUGUACUUCAUGCCCGAAACGCCGCGCUACCUGCUGUUCCAUGGGAAGAGGCAGGAGGCCGAAGACGCCCUGCGCUACCUGCGAGGGCCGGACGCUCCCGUGGAGUGGGAAUGCGCUCGCAUCGAGGACGCCUGCGGGGAGCAGGGUUCGAGCUUCCGUUUGUCCGACCUGAAGGAUCCCGGGAUCUACAAGCCUCUGAUGGUCGGCGUCAUGCUCAUGGCGUUCCAGCAGAUGACGGGGAUCAACGCCAUCAUGUUCUACGCUCAGAAUAUAUUUGAACAGGCUCACUUCCAGAACAGUGACCUGGCGUCAGUCCUGGUGGGUCUGAUCCAGGUGGUCUUUACUGGAAUAGCAGCAGUGAUAAUGGACAAGGCUGGGAGGAAAGUCCUCCUCGUCAUCUCGGGUGCGGCCAUGAUAGUCAGCACCGCGGCGUUCGGGGUUUAUUUCUACUUGAUGUCUAAACCAGCGGUGGGUGCAGAACCCCACCAGGACCUGACCUGGCUGGCCCUGGCCAGCAUGGCCGUCUUCAUCUCAGGGUUUGCUAUCGGCUGGGGACCGAUCCCGUGGCUGAUCAUGUCGGAGGUCAUCCCCAUCAGGGUGAGGGGGUUUGCUAGUGCUGCUGUAGUCCUCACUAACUGGGGCAUGGCGUUCGUCGUCACCAAGACCUUCCAGAACAUGAUGGACGGUCUAACCAGCGCCGGUACCUUCUGGUUGUUCUCUGUUAUGUGUGCCCUCAACAUUGUCUUCACUAUAUUCUUCAUCCCUGAAACCAAAGGAAAAACUCUGGAGCAGAUCGAGGCCAUUUUCAGAGGCACGUCAGGUCCGUGAAGUCUCCACCUGCCGAAAACAAAAAAUCUCUAACUGACUUCCUGUGGGAAUACUCUGUGGGCAUUUAAAUAAAUAUUGUCCAAGUUGACGCUAAUUGAAACACAUUUUUGUUGUUUUGUAAAUAAUUCUUGCCUUUUAUGAAGGUUGUUUUGUGGAAGCUACUGUUUUUUCUGUAUUUUUAAAGCAGUUGAAAGAUUUAAAAGAUGUUUUUACACCUGCGUGUUUAAGAUAGUUAUUUUUAUCACAUGUGGCUUCUUCAACCAGCCUUUGAAGGUUUUAGCAGAAACGUUUCUGAAAUGAGUGCAUCACCAAAUGAUGUAGUCACUGUUUACAAAUACAUGGAUAGAUUUUUAACCUGAACAGAGAAAAUGCAGUAAAUUUCAAACAUUUGUGAUCAGUACAAUUUAAUUGUAAAGAAAAAAAUAUGAUUGUCUUCAUGUUAUGUAAGGUUUGUUGUAAAAGGAAUGCUUGUGACUUUACUUUCUUAUUUGAUCAAUUUCUUCCCAUUUUAUGGCAUUACAUGUCUUUUUUUAUUGUUUGUUACUCUAUUAUUCUUCUUCAUUACUAUUUUUAUGACUUUGUUGUCUUUUAUUUAUUUAUUUUAUUUUUUUAACCUUUUUUUCUUUUGGGAAGAAAUUUGACAAAAUCGUGAAGCAGAAAGCCUUUUCUGUGUUGGCCUUAAUAUUUUAAAACGUGUUUAUGGAUUUUUUAUCCUACAUUCUGUAUGAAAAAAAUUAAUAUUUCUAAUUAACGCUGGAGUGUCGCUGAAUCUUUUGAACAAAUGAAACUGAGAUUUUUGUUUAACUGACAGUAUAAUGAUGGUUCAUCUCAUAUUUCUGUUGUUAGAAACCAAAAUAACAAUUUAUAUAAUCAUUUUUGGGGGAUUUGUUCACUAAUGAAGGUUCAUGCUUCAAAAGUCAAAGCAAAACAAUGAAAUAAUCCUUAAUAUACAUCAAAUAUACUUUUUGUUGGGGGGCUCCAUUAAAUUUAAUCUUAUUUUUUGUAUUGAUUAGGUUAUAAUUGAGUUUUUGGAUGAUUACACACUAAAUUUGUCCAACAUGCAGCACACUGUAACUUGAUUUAAACAAAUAAAAUACACUUUAAAUAAC